CAAUGAAAUUUAUGGCGGUUAACUUGUUUUGGCUUGACAGACCGAAACUUAUUAUUAAGUAUAAAACAAUGGCCUCGUAAUGACAAGACGUUAUGCGGAAACGAAACAGUUGUUUAGCUACCAUGAGAUUGGGAUAAACUAAACUAUGGACGAUUAUUUUCGAUGGACGCCGAGAGAGUACAGCGACAGAAGGGAUAGCAUUAUGAAACAGACGCUUAUCGAUGACGAAUUAAUGAUGGAUAGAUGGCUAAAAGAAAAUCAAUUUUGCAACGAGGACUAUAUUUUUGAAGAGAGACCUGGAUACUUUGAUCGUUAUCAGGAUGAGAUAUAUCAAAUACAACAAGAAUUGUAUGAAAAGGAAACACAAAUGCAGAAAAUGCAACAUCUGUACGAAGGAAAUAUCGAUGACUUGGAAAGGCAGAUGGACGAACUUUGGACUGAAAAUGCUGUUUUGGUUGAAGCGAAGAAAAGGCUAGAAAGAAAACUAGAUAGAUACGAUCUGGAUUUCAAAGACCAAUUGAAGAUUGGUGAUAAAUUAAGGCAACGUUUAAACGACGAGGCCAGUAAAAGAGAACAUAUAAACGUUUUGCUGACAACGGAACAAACAAAAAACAGACAUCUAAGAUUUGAAAAUUCUCGGUUAAAAGCUUUAGUUGGUCGGAACAAGAAUGAUGAAUGGCGUGUUACAAAUCAGACAAAAAAAGUAGAAGAAGAAAAUCAAACAUUAAAGCAUGAGAUCUUCAAUUUAAAGCUAGAAGCGGCCGCUCUUCGCAAGACGCUUAUUACACCACAACAACGAUGUGACCGCAUGACUAAAGGAAGAGAAGGGAAUGAGCGUGAUGAGUGGGAACAAAAGAGUGAACUCUUUCAAGCAGUAAUUAAAGAGUUAAAAAUUCAGAUGUCGUCACUCAUUCGAGAGAAAUACUCUCUCCAAGACGAGUUAAAUAGAAAAGGCGCUGAGCUAUCCCGCAGUUUUGAGAAGGAAAUUCAUGCCCUACAACAAAAAAUAACAACGUAUCAACAUAACGAAAUAUCAAGUUUAAAACAAAACCAAGAGAAUGAAUUGGCUCUUUCUCAAUUAAAGCGGCAGCUUAUUUCAUGUGAGCAAGAAAAUAGAUUAGCACUUGAAAAAAUACAAAAACAAGAAGAGGAGAUCAGAUUGUUGAAAAAAGAAAAAGAAAAACUGAUACAAGACAACCGAUGUCAACGCACUUACCACAAGGAAACGACAAUGUAUUCCCACAAUGAAACUGAGAGACGGGAGCUGGAAAUACAGAGGCACAAACAAGCAUUGGAAAGUGCUCAACAAACUCAACGUGUGAUGAAAUUAGAGCAACGCUCCAAGCAAGCCGAAGACAAACUUUCCGUGGUUAACGAACAACUUCAUAUUGAAAGGUCAAGAAACGAUAAGUUAUCUAAGGUAAGAAACCAAAAUGCGGAGACAUCUGAGAAGCUUCGCGCAUUAAAAAACGAACUUGAAAGCGAAAAAUCUAGAAACACCAUCUUAUCAAAGAAAAUAAUCCAGUACGAAAAGAAUGCUGAACAUCAAAGCGAGUUCAACAGCGAAAUGAAAAAUGAACUAUCAAGAAACACAAUGAUAUCAAUGGAAAGAACCAAAUACGAAGAUACAGCAGAAACUCUUCAGGAAGUGACUAAAGAACUGGAAAGUGAAAAAACUAGAAACGCCAUGUUAUUAAAAGAAAGUAACCAGUACAAGAAACAAAUUGAAAAACUGAAAAAAGCACAAGUUGAUUUGUCACAAAGUUAUAACCUGCUCAACAAAGAAAAUAGACAAGGGCAAGAUAUCAGAAUUGCGACUGAACACAAUCAGCAAUUAAAACGAAACCUGUCUGAUCUUGAUAGGUCAAAGCAAAACAUGAUUGGAGAAAUUGGUUCCUUAAAAGAUGAAGUCAAAAAAUUAACAGAUGCACUCGAAGAAAAGGAUAGAGAUAUAAGUAUGCUAAAAAAUGAACUUCAGAUGAAUUAUCAUGAGAUUGAAGAUAAGCAGGGUGAAUUAGACUUCAUAAAAGAGACAAAUGUAAAGAAUGAACGGUUGGUAUCUGAUCUACAAACCGAAAUAAACCAGUAUAAAAGAAUACUGAAAGGAACCAGUCCCGACUCAGAUAAGUUCACCAAUACGAUUUCACAACUAGAACGUGAAGUGGAAGGGUAUAAAAACGAACUGAAAAAAGCUCGAGAGGAAAUUAAACAUGCGACUGACAAAAACCAACAGAUGAAUCAAAAUAUUUCUGACCUUCAACUAUCUGAACACGCAUGGAAUGAGAAAAUGGAUUCUCUAAACGAUCAAUUCAAAGAUUUGACGAAGGAAAAAGAUAAUGAUAUAAGUAGGCUUGAAAUUAAACUUCAACGGAAAUGUCAAAAGAUUGAAAAUGCAAUGGCUGAAGUCGCCUUAGUAAAAGAACAAAAUGAAAAGAAUGAACAACUGGUCGCUGAUUUAAAAAUCGAACGCGACCAAUAUAAAGCUAACUUGGAAGACCAAGACUCGAAUUCAGCGGAAAUUAACAAUAUUAUUACAACUUUAAGACGUAAAGUGGAGACAUAUGAGAGAGAACUCAAACAGGCACGGGAAGAAAUAAGAAAUGCGACUGAUAAAUCUCGACAGAUGGAUCAAAAGAUUUCAGCUAUUAAGAAUUCUGAACAAUCGUUGAUUGAUGAACGAGAUUCUUUUAAAGAUAAAGUCAUAGAGUUAACAACUAUUCUCAAAACAAGAGACAGGGAAAUGCGGGAGCUGGAAACUGAAAUGGCCGAAUUUUCCUCGAUUAAAGAGAAAAAUAUAAAGUUAGAAAAUGACAAAAGUUGCCAUUCAGCUGAAAUGUCCAGAACAAUUUCAAACUUAAAACGUGAGAUGGAAAAUAUUCAGAGAGAACUCAAACAGGCCCGUGAGGAAACAAGAAAGUCUGCAUUACAGUUGAAAUCUGUAAAUGACGAACAUGGAAAUUGCCAAAAUCGGAUUGCGUCUCUACGUAAAGAAAAUGAAAGAUUGCGAAGCAUGCCUAUGUACAAAAGCGACCAGACAAAACGUUCCGAAGCGGUACUUAGUCAGAGAGAACAGGAACUAAGCAUUGCUUUGGAAAAAUCACAACGCGAGCUCCGUGAAGUUCAGCAUGAGCUUGAUGAUACAAAGACAAGGUUAAGCAAGGUGAUGGGUCAGAAACUGACGGAUAACAAUCCUAAUAUUGCCGACCUCAGCGAUAAGAAUCGACCUACAAAACUGGCUGAGCGCUACUCGGAGUUGUAUGACAACCAAUGGACAGACGCCUUCGAAGUCGUUAACAAACAGUUACAAGACGAGAAGUCUACAAUUGACUCACUUAUUGAUAUUUUAAUGAAUGCUGCCAAAUUCUGUCGAGGAGAAGCUAUGAAACAACUGGAGGAAAUACAAGGAAUUCUGCUACCAAAAAAGGUUGGAUUGGCGUUACCGUCACUUGUUUACAAAAACCUUAAGGAUUGUCGAAAGGCAUUGGGAGAUCUAACUGGUUCAGCUGUUUAUGAGAAAUAUAUGGAAGAAAAUGCAAGACUCCGUCUGAGGUCUCUACAACAAGAUGUAAAACCCUUCGCCAAAGAGUGCAUUGAACUGUGUUGGCUGAUGAGCAUCCAAGAUCCACCCGUUACUAUUGAGCCCGUGGUACAGCGCGGCACAAAAUUCGACACGGACUUCUACAAGGCGUACACAAGUAGUGGUCCUCUCGUUGAUUACGUGGUCUGGCCCGCCCUGUGUCUCCACGAGAAAGGUCCACUUCUCUGCAAAGGCAUUGCUCAGGGAUACGGUGGGAAGAAGACAAAGUACUAUGAAAGAGAAAAUAAAGAGUAUUUGCUGACUAAGAAACAAAAAGAGAACAAGUACCUAAAAAAUGAAAUUUCUCGGUUAAAUGCAUUAGAUAGCCGGUUCAGAAAUCGCACAAAUCAGACGAAACGAGUAGAAGGAAGAAAUCAAACAUUGCAACAUGAGAUCAUUGAUUUAAAGCUUGAAAGGGCCGCCUUACGAAAGGAACUUAAUACACUAAAUCGACGAUGUGACCGCAUGAGUAAAGGUCUAGAACGGUCUGACACAAGUGUCCACACACAUGAAACUGGUGGCAUUAAUUCGCCUAAAACGACACACAAGAAAAAAUCACCACAGCCAGAACACAACAAAGAGGAUGAAUUGUCUAGAUCUAGAUUAAAGCAACAGCUCAUUUUAUGUCAUCAUGAACAGAGUUUGAUACUUGAAAAAAAUCAAGAACAAGAAGAUAAAAUCGCAUUGUUAAAAGAGGAAAAUAAGAAACUGGUUCAAGACAACCAAAAUGAACGCUCUCACCACAAGGAAAUGACUGUGCAUUUAAACCAUGAAAAAGAGAAAUGGACGCAAGAAAAACAAGCUCAUUAUUUAAUGAUUCACGAGUUAGAACUGCGUAUCAAGCAAGCCGAAGAAAAUAUUGCGGAAAAACUGAUUGUGAUGCAAAAGAGACUAGAAAGCGAAAGAUCUAGAAACACAAUAUUAUCGAAAGAAAGAAAUCAAUACAAGAAACAAGUUGAAAAACUUAAAACAGCUGAGAUUGAUUUGUCACAUUAUCAUGCCAUACUCAGACAAGAAAUUAAACACUCGGAAGAUUUAAGAAUAGCGACCGAAAACAUUCAGCAGUUAGAACGAAACCUGUCUGAUCUUAAUAGGUCUAAAGAAGACAUGACUGGAGAAAUUGUUUCUUUAAACGAUAAACUCACAAAGUUUACAGAUACCAUCGAAAGAAAAGAUAGAAAUAUAAGUAAGCUACAAAGUGAGCUUCAGGGGAAAAAUCAAGAGAUUGAAGAUAUACAGGGUGAACUCACCUUAAUCAAGGAGACAAAUAAAAGGAAUGAACGCUUGGUAUCUGAUCUUCACAUCAAAAUGAGCCAUUAUAAAAGAAAAUUGAAAGAAACAAGUCCUGACUUAGGUAAAUUAACAAAUACCAUUUCACACCUAGAACAUGAAGUUGAAGGAUAUAAAAACGAACUGAAAAUGGACCGCGAAAAAAUGAAACAUGAAAAUGAUACAAGCCAGCAGACGAAGCAAAAUGACCUUAAACUAUCUGAACACGCAUGGCAAAAGAAAAUUGAUUCUCUAAACGAUCAAAUCAGAGAGUUGACAACGAGUAAAGACCUUGAUAUAAGUAAGCUUGAAACUGAACUUAGAAAGAAGUGUCAAGAGAUUGAAAAUACAAUGACUGAAGUCGCUUUAAUAAAAGAACAAAAUAAAAAGAAUGAACAACUGGUAACUGACUUACAAAUUGAACUGAACCGAUGUAAAGACAAUGACUCUGAAUCGAAAGACAAGGACUUUAAUUUAGCUAACAUAAACAACACAAUUUCAAUCUUAAGACUUCAAGUGGAAACAUAUGAGAACGAACUAAAACAGACACGGGAAGAAAUAAGCAAUGCGACUGCGAACAUUCAAAGGAUGGAAAGAAAGUUUUCCGCUAUCAAAAACUCUGAACAAUUGUUAAUUGUCGAAAGAGAUUCUUUAAAUGAUAAAGUGAAAGAGUUAAAAACUAUUCUUAAAAGGAAAGACACUGAAAUACAACAGAUAGAAACUAAAAUGGAUGAACUUUCCUUGAUUAAAGAGAAAAAUGUAAAAUUUGAACAACUCGUUACUGGUUUACAAAUUGAAAUAAAAGAAUGUAAAAAUGACAAAAGUUCCCAUUCAGCUGAAAUGACCAGAAUUAUUUCAAACCUAAAAUGUGAAGUGGAAAGAUAUCAGAGUAAACUCAAACAGGCCAGUGAGGAAACAAGAAAGUAUGCUUUACAAUUUAAAACGGUAACUGACGAACAUGAAAAUUGCCAAACUCGGAUCGCGUCUCUAAGUAAGGAAAAUGAAAAGUUGCGAAGCAUGUCAUUGUACAAAGGUGAACAGAUAAGACGUUCAGAAGCGAUACCUAGUCAGAGAGAACAAGAACUUAGCCAUGCUUUGGAACACGCUCGACGCGAGCUACGUGAGGUGCAGCAUGAACUGGAUGACACAAAAACAAGAUUAAGUAAAGUGAUGGGUCAGAAACUGACUGACAACAAUCCUAAUAUUGCGGACCUCAGCGAUAAGAAUCGACCUACAAAACUGGCCGAGCGUUACUCGGAGUUGUAUGACAACCAAUGGACAGAUGCCUUCGAGGUCGUUAACAAACAGUUACAAGACGAGAAGUCUACAAUUGACUCACUAAUUGAUAUAUUAAUGAAUGCUGCCAAAUUCUGUCGAGUUGAAGCUAUGAAACAACUGGAAGAAAUACAAGGAAUUCUGCUAUCUAAAAAGGUUGGAUCGGCGUUGCCUUCGCUUGUUUACAAGAACCUAAAGGAUUGUCGAAAAGCAUUGGGAGAUCAAACUGGUACAGCUGUGUAUGAGAAAUACAUGGAAGAAAAUGCACGCCGCCUUCCGAGGUCUCAACACCAAGACGUAAAACCUUUCGUAAAGGAGUGCAUUGAGCUGUGUUGGCUUAUGAGCAUCCAAGACCCACCCGUUGUUAUUGGACCCGAGGUACAACACGGCGCAAAAUUCGACACAGACUUCUACAAAGCAUACACCAGCAGUGGUCCUCUUCUUGACUACGUGGUAUGGCCCGCCCUGUGUCUCCACGAGAAAGGUCCACUACUCAGUAAAGGCAUUGCACAGGGUUACGGUGGGAUGAAGACAAAGAAGUAGGGAAUUCGCCUGUGUUACGUUUACAUUAUCAUGUAUUUUUGCGUAAUAAUGAUUAUGAUGGGUGCAAAGGUCUUAAUGAUCAUUGAAACGUUAUUGUGCAUUUGAGUGUUUAAAUUCGUACACACAUAUUUUGUCAUAUAUCCACAAAAGGUUCCGUCCAGUAAAUUUUCCGGCAACUUUUCAGUCUAUCAUUUACUUUUCUUUAAAUUUAUUAGAUUUACACUUUAAAAUGUAUACAUUUGGUGUAUUUCUGUACUUUAACCUUUACUUCUUUUCAAAUGAUUAUUAAGGAAUGGGACUUUUAUAAAAUUCAAUUUGGAUAAGUAGUUAACACUUUUACCGUUUAGCUGACAGUAAAAAAAGUAGUAGAUCUUGACAAUCACAAAUGGUUUGCUGAGGCAUCUGAUUAAAGAAGUGGUGGCAAUGUAUAUGACUACUCUGUUAUUAUAGAAGUGAUAUCAAGCGACUACUCCAUGCGUGUUAGUUGUGAUGCAACUCUUUUCAACUUUAUAUUAUCGCUAUUGUGUGAGAAAAAGUGGAUAAUUGACAAAUACUCGACCCUUGCAUUUAACAACCAUAACUUUGCUGCACAGCAUAUUGGGCAUGGCAAUAACAAUGUUAAUUAGCUCCAGUUUCGUUUCAAGGAGAUUAAUUGGAUCAUUUACUGUAUGUAUUUGCUUAAUAAAUGUGUUUUUUAUCAAUUUGUUUUGUUAUGUGCAAGAAAAUGGUGACAACAAAGAGAAAGCUGUUUAGGAAGAGAUUACAUUACGUUAAG